AUGAACGCGCCGCGCUUUGGUUUAACGGUGUGGUGCUCCGGAUUCUUUUGUGCAUCUUAUACUUUCAGCACUGAACAUUUACGAGGGUACGAAGCCCAAAUGUGCUUCAUUUCCCUCAGAUUAACACCUCGCGUGACCAACUGAAUGAUUUAACGAGAAUUCAUCAAGCGAGAAUGCGUUUUUGGUGGAUCUUUACCAACUGAAGAAAGACAAAACGGGAAAGGAGCAUUAUUUUGAGUAAAUACCUGUGGAAAUCGGUUACGGUAGGCUGAGAAAUAUAUACAACCAGCAAAGGAAGCACCCUGGGGGCACGUUUAUUAUUGUUGACAGGGAAAAUACCGUCGUCGAUAUUCGUAUUUUCCUCUAGCCGAAAGAUAUAACCUCUGAAUAUUGUCUUAAUAGGGAAUGUAGUUGAAAUGAAUUCAUUGAUAUGCAAUGUUUGACGCACGAAUGAUGAAUUAUUAGCUAUCAUUAUAGACUGUUAGACAUAUGCCUUGAUGUUUGACAGUUGGAAAUACAGGCGCUUUGUCAAAAUUACCAGAUGGCAUGAGCCAUAACUACAUCCGGUCAUAGUAAACACUUGCUGCAUGCGUUAGCAACUUCAUAUGCAUUCAUUUAAAUGAAAGACAAAGAUUAAAUCUAGCAUGCUAAAUCUACAGUUGUUUUUAAAGUACAAUGCAAUGUAAAUCUCCUUAAAUCACACAUUUAGCAGCCCAUUCCUCAUCAUAAUUGGCUGUACACCUAUUACUUCAAGUAGGAAUUGAUCAUUGGAGAUUUAUCUUUAAGUUCACGCAUUACCAUUAGCAAUAAUCCACAAAAUACACAAGUAAAUAUCAUUUCUUAUAAAAGGGAGAGAUUGAAUGUAAGUUUGCAUGAAGCCAAAGACUCAAAAUCAUUAACAAAAUCUAUUUUCCAUUGCAGACACACUGUGGCAAAGAUUGCAUCGCUGAAAAUCAUCAGGUUAAAACACCCAACAUAAACGUAUAGCACAAAGUCCUUAGUUAAGCUCACACGUCUUCCAUCAUCUACAUCUACAUGUAACCUCAACAGAAAGUCUUCCGCUGUCAAGAAAAUAGCACAUAUCUAACAAAAUAUAGUUUCUGAAAUUAGAUAUUGAUCAGAGUAUAACAUAUCCCAUACUGUAUUUUAGAAAAUUAGAUAUUGAUCAGAGUAUUUUAAUCAUUAUAUUCAUAUCUAUUAUUAAGAAAGGACUCGGUAUUAUCUAAUUAGGGCAAGAAGAAGAGGUAGUGAUUGAAAGUUAAGUCCGGCACCCCAGCUCAAUUUUCAUUCGUGGAGUAACCGAAUACUCUGUGCGUGGACUUAUUGGAGGGAUCGUGUGCACAGAGGGCGUCACAUAUCUCAAACUCUCUCACUGAACUCCUCAUCACAACACUCAUCUGCAGGAACAAGAGCAAGCAUCCUCAGGAUCUAAACUGAAGAGUGAAACCCACCAUCAUCUCCUUUCCCAAACUGUCUUAUAAGAGAUCCAAAGGACGCAUUGGCUUUGCAAUUGAGCUGCUGUCUCAUUGUGGACUACUUGCCUCCUGCUCUUUAGUUUGAGUUUGUGUGUGUGUGUGUGUUUGUGUGUGAGUGUGAAUGACAGACUCGACUCUGAAAACAAAGCCUGUGAAGAUGUCAGCACUGCGGCUUCUGUGGGUCCCUGCGCUGUUGUGUUUAACACAUGCAUGGCUCUGCUAUGGAGCGUGUGUGGAGGUCGACUCUGACACAGAGGCAGUGGCGGGAAAAGGCUUCAAACUGACCUGUAUCUCUUGCAAGAUGAGAGGAGAAGUGGUUGCCUCCGCCACGGUGGACUGGUGGUUCAUGGCCAAAGGGGAGAGUGAAUUCACACACAUCUACACUUAUGCAGAAAUGACAGCCAGCAUAACGGACGAGCGCUUCGAAAGCCGCCUGGCCUGGAACGGCAGUAAAAAAACAGAAGAUGUGCAGGACGGCUCAGUUUACAUCCUCAACGUCACCUUCAACGACACCGGCACCUUUCGAUGCUUCUUCGACCGAAUCCUCGUCUUCCCCAAUUACGAGUACCACACCAACGCCACCAAGUUCAUCACCAUCAGCGUAGUAGGCCAUGCUACCCGAGGCAUGGCGUCCAUCUUGUCUGAGGUGAUGAUGUACGUGUCCAUCAUCGGGCUGCAGUUGUGGCUGGUGGUGGAGAUGGUUUACUGCUACAGGAAGAUCGCAGCGGCCGGGGAGGAAGCACUAAGAGAGAGCGAGGCGGAAUAUUUAGCUAUAACCUCUGAGAGCAAAGAUAACUGUGCAGGUGUUGCGGUGGCAGAAUAACACAGGUCUAAAAAAAGCCUCAAGCCAAAAGCUUGAAGCUCUGUCCAUCAUGACACGACCAACAGCCUCUCCGUCUCCCUCUCCGGCGCUCUGCCAAACCACAGGACCAAUGUUUGACCUUUGAGCUCGACUGUGACAGAGGCACCAUUAUAAACCAUCAGGGAAACACAGUCACACAUUACAUUAAAAGGAAGUGUUUUGUUUUAAGGCACAUGAUGGCCGCUCUGAGUUUGAAUGAAGGAUGCAGUAAUUAUAACACUGAACAUAACGAAUCGUCCUGAACAUGACUUGUACAUAUGUUUUAGCUCUUAACACCUUUUAUGCUUUUUCACAUCAUGAGAACUCAGCUUUAAAUGUGAUGAACAUAAGUCACUAAUAUAUCAACUGAGCCAGAGGACUUUAGACAUGUUAGAAAAUGUAUAAUUCACUAGUAGAUUUACUGAGCCAGAACAGAAAAAGAAUAUAUUCACAACUAUAUACAGAUGAUCUAAAAAAAAACUUGAUAUAUGUGAACACAUAUCUUUAUUUCCUUAUUUAAAAGAUCAAAAACUCAUAUAAGGGAAGAAAUAAUUAGGAAAUCAGAACUUAUUGAUAUACAGUAUUAGGGGUGUAACGUAAUACAUAUUCGCAACAGAGGCUUGUGUACCAAACAAAUCCUGCAUUCUUUUAACUGUUGUUUUGAAAGCAUCUUCAAAAUAAUAGAGAAUGCAGUGUAAAUUAGCAGCAAAAUGAGUACGACAGCUUGUUAUCUCUAUGGAGUUAAAACUUUUUAGCUCACAGUUCAGACUUUCUUAGCAAGAAACAAGUCUGAAAACCAGUAUGAGGGAUGGGAACUUCAGAAUUGUCAUGAUAAUAGAAAUUUGCUUGUCUGUUUGGUUCAAUGGCGACAAAAGAAGAGCAUAAUGAGCUCCUAAAAUUGCUAACUAGUUAUAAAUGGCAUUCCACGCUGUCAAAAGUAUUUAAUUUGUUUGUUUAUCUAGCAUCUCGCGGUUGAGUAUUUCAUUUUACAAAAGCGCAAAACGAUCGAUACUUCACAGACUUCAUUGAACGAGCAUCAGCGUGCAUGCGCAUCAAAAACGGCGAAGGUUUUGUGCGUGAUGUGAUUCUGAUGUACCUCUCUCCAAAUUAACAACAAAACAAUUAUCCUACUGCACACAACUCUAUGAAACCUAUUUACAGCAGUUACAGCAGUUUACAGCAGUUUGUUAAAGAAGCAGUUAUGUUUCCUUACUGCUGAACCGAAAAGCUGUCUUUAAAAAGAGGUAUCAUUUUGUGUAUCGUUACACCUGUAAUAAUUACAUGUUGAAAAUUCAAGACAGAAUUCGCAUAUUAGUUUAUGCUUGGCAGCUUAGGACAGUAAUUAAUGCCAACAAUAACGCACAUUUACAAGAGCUUCCAAUCCUGUACUGUCCGUCUAAAGAACUAACUUAACUAGCCACAGGUAAGCUAACCAUAACAAAUAAGACCUUAGCUGCGUCCCAAAUCACAUACUUAUGCACUAUUCUACGCCAUUUUGUAGUAUAAAUAGUGCAAGAUGUACGUUCACACUGAAAACUCUAAAAAUAAUAAGAGUACUUUAAUCACCCAGAUGAUGCACUCAUUCAGCCGAUAAAAUGAAGUGUGUAAUGAUGGACACUUCUUAACGACCAUAGAUAUAUACACUAGAUAUCACAUACGGACCCUGAGCAUGCAUCAAUAGCACCGCCACAUUUGUACAGUGCUCCCAGCACAAAUGUCAUUCAACCGCACUAGUGUGCCAAUGUGAAGAAGCUGGACUUUAGCGCUGUGUACGGGAGUAGUAACGAGCAAACAAAGUACAAAGGUAGAACAUUUCAUAGGUAAGAUUUAGUUUUUUACGUUUUUGUAUGUUAUGAACUUGUGUGCUAAACAGGUAACAUUAUUGAUGACAAUACAGUCACUUACUGCAUUCACCAUAAGGCAAAGUAGCACCAACUCGCACUUAAUACUCGGCUUAUGCUAGUUUUGUUAGGCUAAGUGAACAAGUCGUUCAUAAUGGAGAUUCAUUCACAAACGAAUUGCUCUCUCCGUCAGCAUGAGAAGUGAAAGCAGGAGAGGGGGUGUGUUUCAGGACACGGAUUAGAUCAAAUUUAACAGCGAGGGUGGCUAGAACAUUUCCAUACACACAAACACAAGCUUUUUGUCAAGAAUGCCUGUUCGAUCACUUCCCUGCUGAAAAAAACAGCUUAAACCAGCCUAGGCUGGUUUUAACUGGUUGACCAGCCUGGUUUUAAAGGGGUUUUGGCCAUUUCUAGGCUGGCUGGAAAAUUACCAGUCAAAACCAGCUAUGUCCAGCUUAAACCAGGCUGGUCAAGCUGGUUUUAGAUGGAUUUAGCUGGUCAUUUUCCAGCCUGACCAGCUAAGACCAGCCUGGAAAUGGCCAAAACCCCUCUAAAACCAGGCUGGUCAACCAGCUAAAACCAGCCAAGCAGCCUAGGCUGGUUUAAGCUGGAUUUUUCAGCAGGGUUAUGCAUCAAUGCAGAAAAGUGAUGUAAAAUUAUCAUUUUCGUAAUUAAAAAAAAAAUUGCACACUGACCUCCGGGAAAACUCCCAAUCAUAGAUAUAUGUGUAUAUCGCUGGUUCUGGAUGGCCACAGUCCUCCACUGCAGCUGGGUCCCACAUUCAUUUCAAAGGAGCGCUACCCUGUACUAAAAUGGCGGUUCUAUUGACGCAUUCCUUCCAAUACACAACAACAGGGUAGGCGACAUCUAAUGUAAAUAUCUAUGGUCAACGACCGCAGCUUUGCUCACGUAGCGGAAGGGGCGGAGCUAUCGGGCGCACAUGUUGGAUACAUUUAUUUUGGAUGGUGAAAGCUAAAUUUCCCUACGAGAGUGAUUAUAGCGCCUCCCGAUGGUGAAUAUGGUUAUACUCAUGGCAAGUAUUAUUUGAUAGUUUGGUUAUUUAUUUCACUGAUUUGGCAACCGUCAAACGUCAUCAGGGAAACGGUGUAAAUUUCCGCUUAGUAAAAAAACAUUAGUGCUCCAUUUGGGACGACACUACAUACAUAUACUGUGCUGUUGAGUGUGGAAGUGCAUAAAUACAUAGUGUAUAGUGUGCCAUUUGAGACGCAGCUUUUGUCUCUCACAUAUAAGUUAGCCUAAUAAUUUAAUCUAACAACAGACACAAACUUGUUUGCUUCACGAUUCAGAAUUUUUUAAAACACUUUCUGUAAUAGAGCAGAUUUAAUAGCCAAAAAUAUUUGACAAAUCGCUCUUCAAGCAAAUUUUUGUAACAGCGAAUAUGUAAAAAAUAAAUGAAAAUAAGCUAAGAAAUACCUGCAGUUAUCCAUAUCAAACAGAAAAGUAAGCAAAUAUAAACGGCCUCGCACAUUCAACUUAUAAAACUGCGGCAUCUGCGCAUGCGUCAUAAAAUAAGGUGGAUAUUUAUCACUAAAGCACAAAUCGUCAUUUAAAAAGCACGAGUAUGAUGAAAAGCUUUAAUUUAAAGCUUAAGCUUGUAUUAAAAUAACAACAAAGCAACUGAAUGUCACAUAUCAACCUCAUAGACCUAAAGAAAGUGCAUUGACGAUAUAGACGAGUUCUGCAAUGGAAAGUAACGCAAUACAUUACUACGUUACUAACAACAUGCCGUUUUCCCCCAUUCGUUUUGUCUUUACUGACAUGAUAAUCAAGGGCUGCAUGAAAUCAAUGGAAAAUGACUGACUCAAAGUUUAAAGUGUGCCUCAUGUAACACCAAUGCACGAUGAAAACGGAGGAGAAAACCAGGAAUGAGUUGUAUUCAUGUAUUCAAGUGAGCUCCUUUCAAUCUUCCCUCUCCCUCUUAGUAGCCAACUUGUGGUAGUGACUACAGAGGGCAGCAAAACACUGCCAAAGUCUCACUGCCUUUAUGCAUGAAUGAACGUUUCUCGAGACUUCCCAGCUCUGCUUUUCUUACUUUUGAUAUCUUUCAUUAGGUGGUUGUCAAAUUGGUGGAUUUCUACUGCAUGAUCUUAUGAUACCGUCAUGAAGAUGAACAGUUUUGUUUGCACUCCACGGCUGCUGCCAGUGCUGUGAUGAUUACAUUCAUCAUGGAUGGUAUUGUACUAACAUUUAGAUGUCACAGAAUAUCGUCACUCUCUGACAGUGUCUGUUCACUGUACGGCCUCAACAAGACCAGGAUGAAUUUCAUGUUGAAGAUGUUGCUUGCCUAAAAAUAAAAUAUAUAUAAAAAUAU